CUCGGGUUUGUGUGGUCUCUCUCCCUCCACCCAAAACCAGAGGGAGAAGAGCAGAGGACCCCAGGAACUCUCCCCAUGGCGGCCACCAUGGACAUCCUCUCCGCGAAGCUCCUCCGCUCCUCCCUCCACCUCCCUUCCCCCUUUCUCCCCUCCCCGUCCCUCCCCUCCCGCCGCCACCGCCGCCCCUCCCCAAUCCACUGCCGCCUCACCACCUCCUCCUCACCCUCCACCACCACCACUUCCGAGGGGGACGCGGACCAGGACCUCUCCUCCCUCCUCUCCGACGACUCUUCCUACGCGGGCAUCGCGGGGUCCAGGAGGAAGCGGUCCAACAGCGGCGCGUCGAGCAUCCCGUCCGGGGUGCGGCUGGAGGGCAUCUCCAAGUCGUACAAGGGCGUGACCGUCCUCAAGGACGUGUCCUGGGAGGUGCAGCGCGGGGAGAAGGUGGGGCUCGUCGGCGUCAACGGCGCCGGCAAGACCACGCAGCUCCGCAUCAUCGCCGGCCUCGAGGAGCCCGACGGCGGCAACGUCGUCAAGGCCAAGGACAACAUGAAGAUCGCCUUCCUCAGCCAGGAGUUCGAGGUCUGCGCCUCCCGGACCGUCAGGGAGGAGUUCCUCAGCGCCUUCCAGGAGGAGAUGGGCGUCAAGAGCCGACUCGACCAGGUGCAGGCGGCGCUCGAGCGCGCCACCGAGGACAUGGACCUCAUGGGGAGGCUCCUCGACGAGCUCGACCUGCUGCAGCGCCAGUCGCAGGACGUCGACCUCGGCAUGGUGGAGGUCAAGAUUCAGAAGCUCAUGCCCGAGCUCGGCUUCGUGCCGGAGGAUGCUGACCGCCUUGUUGCAUCGUUCAGUGGCGGCUGGAAGAUGAGGAUGUCAUUGGGGAAGAUACUUCUUCAGGAUCCUGAUUUGCUGUUACUUGAUGAGCCCACAAAUCAUGUCGAUUUGGACACCAUCGAGUGGCUAGAGAGCUACCUUAAGAUGCAGGAUGUGCCAAUGGUCAUCAUAUCUCAUGACAGGGCUUUCCUUGAUCAGUGCUGUACAAAGAUUGUGGAGACCGAAUUUGGCGUGUCCAAAACAUAUAAGGGUAACUAUUCGGAAUAUAUUCUAGCAAAGGCAAUAUGGGUGGAAACUCAGCGUGCUGCAUGGGAAAAGCAGCAGAAGGAGAUUGAGCACACAAGGGAACUGAUAAGUAGGCUUGGGGCUGGAGCUAGCUCAGGGCGUGCUUCAAGUGAACAAAAGAAAUUGGAAAAGCUUGAGAAAGAAGGGUUGAUUGAGAAACCUUUCCAAAGGAAGCAGUUAAAGAUCAGAUUUCCUGAGCGUGGGAGAAGUGGUAGAACUGUGUUAGCAAUAAAUAAUCUCAAAUUUGGAUUUGGGGAUAAGGUAUUGUUCAACAAUGCUAAUCUCAUAGUUGAGAGAGGCGAAAAGAUAGCCAUUAUUGGUCCCAAUGGAUGUGGGAAGAGUACACUAUUGAAACUUGCUUUGGGGAUGGAAAAGCCACAAGAAGGUGAAGUGCUUCUUGGGGAGCAUAAUGUGCUGCCAAACUAUUUCGAGCAGAAUCAGGCAGAAGCUCUUGAUUUGGAGAAAACUGUGCUUGACACUGUAGCUGAAGCUGCAGAGGAUUGGAAAAUUGAUGAUAUUAAAGGUCUCCUCGGUCGUUGUAAUUUUAGGGAUGACAUGCUGGAUAGAAAGGUUCAAUUUCUAAGUGGCGGAGAGAAGGCAAGGCUUUCCUUUUGCAAGUUCAUGGUGACCCCAUCUACUUUACUGAUCUUGGAUGAACCAACAAAUCACCUUGAUAUUCCAUCAAAAGAAAUGCUUGAGGAGGCAAUAUCUGAAUACACAGGCACCGUCAUAGCAGUUUCUCACGAUAGGUAUUUUGUAAAACAAAUAGUUAACAGAGUCAUCGAAGUUAAAGACCAGACUGUCCAGGAUUAUCAAGGAGAUUAUAAUUAUUACCUCGAAAGGAACCUUGAGGCCAGAGAGAGGGAGCUUGCACGUGCGGAAGAGCUUGAGGAGAAAGCCCCAAAAGUAAAAGCCAAAUCAAAAAUGUCGAAGGCGGAGAAAAUUGCAAGGAAGAAACAGAAGGUGCAGGCCUUCCAACAAAGCAAGCAGAAAUCGAAAUCGAUGAAAAACUCAAAGAGGUGGAACUGAGGUGUCAUGGUCCCUGAUUGACAGUGCCAUUCACAGCACCAUACGCAUCUGUGCAGCGUGAUGCUGGUUCCAACCAGGCAGGCCCCUGGUGUGCUGUAAAGAUAUAUCCCGUCUAUCAAUGUCAGCAACGGCAUGCAUACGUCAGCAACCGCCAAGGCGAAAAUCCUAGUAUAGCAUAUUAUAGAAGACCAAAUGAUGUUACUUAGGAGGAAUGUGAUUUGUAACCUUGUACAUAACACAGGCAGUUUCUGAUCAAGGAAUGCUUCAUUUUGUAACGAUUGACAAAUGGCAUCAUUUGUGUUCUUCCAGCUGUGCCACUCCAACUGAAAAACCACACAUUGUAGUACAAUGCCACUGCUAUUGAGCAGUUCUAUCCCCAUAUGAAAAUCAUCUGUACUACCACUAAUUUGUACUUGCUGACGAUCAAUGAUACAGAGCAGGAUGGUUCAUGUUU